UGAUUUCAAAAGCGAUUCUGACUAUUAAGAAUGAUUAGUAAUCACUUAUUUUUGAAACUUUUUCGUUCUGUCCUUAUAUCUGUCAAUUCAAAUUUGAAUCAUCCUACCUAAAAAAAAAAAAAAUACAAUCGCCACUAGGCAACAGUUAUUUAUUGAAUAUUAUUUCAUUUUCUAUUAAGAUUUCGAAAUUUGUGCCGGUGAAUAUUUUUUCUCCCGUCAAAAUUAUUAAUUAACUGCGAAAGUUUUCGAAUUCGUGCGUUUAUAAGUUGAAGUGCUUGUUUCCACGAUGACAGCUCUUAUAACCGACGUAAUGAGUUCCAUUGCUACCUUAAAGGACCGUAAAGGCUCGUCUCUCGAUGAAAUAAUCAAUCAUAUCAAUUCCCAAAGAAAAACCAAGUUGAAAAAUGCCUCUAUGCAAGUUAAGAAAGCUCUAACCACCGGAAUUCAAAAUGGUCUUCUAAAAAAAGCCAAUGGAAAGUUUAAAUUAGGUAUCAGCUCCAAGCAGUUCACCAUGUUCCAAAACUUCAAGAAUUUGGAAAAGAGAAGGGCUCCAGUCAAGGAAAUGCAAGCAAGAGGUAGACGUCAGCAAGGAAAACAACGCAGUCUUAUUAGAAGUGCAAAGAACAAGCAGAAAGAGGAAUCAUCAAGAAUAUCCAAGUUAGCCAAAAAUCUCAAGUUACCUAUAAUAGAAAUACGCAGUCGUGGACGACGCCCUAAGAAUACGAGAAGACGUAGACGAAGAACAAAGAGACGAAGACAUGAUGUACACACCAGAGCAGAGCCGAUGGAUCGCAGCAGACGUCCACGUCGUAAAGGAACGAAGCGUAGGCAGCGUCGGCCACGACGAUCAUCAAAAUAUGGAAGAAGGAAAUAGUGUCAUUAAACCAUGAAUCUCAUUGUAUUGAAACAUGAAACAUUUACUUUGUUAUAUUUACUCAUUUUAUUGUAUACAUUCACUCAAAUAUAUCAUCUCCAUGAUCAAA